GUUAAGCAUUUUGAAAAUACAGCGCGCAGUAAGUGAUUAGUCGGGCUAGCAUAAAGACGGAUAAGGAAAUCUUUAACAUUUUCGAAAGAAAGAUGACGCAAAUGCGGACGAACAUGUAUAUACCAUAACAAGUAUGGCUGAAGCGAGGGACCAAACCAAAAAAGGAGACAGCCAAGGAGGGCAGCAACGGAGAUUAUCGUCCGAUAAUGAUAGCAAAGAUGUUAAUAGUGAUGAAGAAGCGGGACUUAUUGAUCCUGUCCGGAACUCCCCAGUUCAGGAGCAGGAAGAAAUCUCCUAUGUACCGGGCAGACGAAAUGAGCCGGCACAGAAUACCCCUAAAGGAGGAACUUGGAUUUUUGAACACAACUUUGUUGAAAAACUAAAAAGCUAUAUGGCCACAGUGAGAAAGGGCGGACUGUCUGAGCUUCAACAGCAGGUUCAAAACGAUCUUGACAGCUGGAAAGCUAUUAAGCUCCACAUUGCUUUAGUUGGACAAAGCGGAUCUGGUAAAUCAGCUUUAAUAAAUGCCAUGUUAGGACUUACUGCAGAAGACGAGUCGGGUGCAGACUGUGGAGUGACUGAAACGACAGAAAAGGUGAAGAUGUAUUGUCAUCCGGAGCGUCUAAAUCUUGUGCUUUGGGAUUUACCUGGAGUAGACACACCUAAUUUCACAAAAGAGCGGUAUUGGGAAAAUGUAAAGAAAAAUGUGGCUGACUUUGAUUUCUUCAUUAUAGUAUCAUCAGGCUCAUUCAAAGAAAGUGAUAUUUGGUUUGCGAAAGAUAUCCAAGAGAAAGAAAAGAAAUUCUUUUUUGUAAGAACACAAGUUGAUCUUGAUAUUAUAAAGGACAAACUUGCAUACCCGAAAACGUACAAGGAAAGAAAUGUCCAAGAAACGGUGAAAAAAUACAUUUUCAAUCAACUUAAAAAAGGGAACGUUGAGCACAGUGGUGAAAAGAUUUUUCUUGUCAACAACUUCGAUACUAGUGCGUUUGACUUUCAAAACAUGAUGAAUGUUUUAAUUAAACAAGCACCAACCUUGAAGCGAGAGGCCUUCGUUAUGUCUUUGGCAGCGGGAACCCAAGUUGUAAUCGAUGAGAAAGUUAAGGUUCUAGAAAGUAGAAUACCAAAGAUCGCGCUUUUAGGCUCUUUAAGUUCAGCGAUACCAAUACCUGGUACAGGACUGGCAGUGGAGUUAGGUCUUCUGUAUUGCGAAGCAAAGAUGUACCGUGAACAAUUAGGAAUUGACGAGGACAGCCUGAUUAAAAUGUCGAAACGAAUGGGAUUGGAUGUAAGCACGUUCAAAGAUAAGAUGCAAAUGAAAAAUCAUUUAAUGUUUGUGUCUGCAACAGAAUUUCUCAAAGUUAUGUCAUAUCUUGCUACUUCAGAAGGUGUCGAAACCGUCGCAAAGUAUACAGUACCUAUUGUAGGAAGUAUCGCUGCCGGUAUGAUCAGUUACCCUGUGUGCUGUUACACACUCAAGCACGUUCUUAAUACAUGCAAGACAGAAGCAUCUAAUGCGAAGACGGUGAUUGGCGAUUGGCUUUGUGCGAAAACCGACCCAGAUAUUAUGUUAACACAAUAAGCUUUGAAUACGAAGCAGCUUCAUAUCAUUUUUGAAGAUUUUGUUGGCAGAAUUAGCGUCAAUAUGGUUCAAACAUAUUUUAUCGAUGAAAAAAACCAACAUAAUUUAUACAAUAUCAACAUAAUGGAUUUCACUUAAAGAGUGUGAACAUCUUAUGAGAGUCCUUUCCCAAUAUAUUGUAUAUACAAUCAUAAUCUAACAAUGAAGCUUUUUUUGACUUCGGAAAAUUAAAAAAAAAGUCAGUUUGGAUAAAAUUAAUAGCAAAACUAGU